AUGAUUUUGGUCUGUUCAACGUCUGGUGGUAGUGGUGGCGGUCAUGGCGGCAGUGGAGGCCGAGGCUCGUCACAGAGUACUACGGGGCUAGGGCAUGACUCCAUCUACGGCCCAGACCAGUACGGUAGUGCUGGUGGUUAUGGUUACUAUGGCGAUUCUCUGUACUUUGGUGACAACUCUCUGAGAAAUUAUAUUGUGACUGGUGAUGUCGGUGGAGAAGGUGGUGGACUUUUGUACAUAAAAAGCCGACAUGUUGAUAUUGAUGGCGAAAUACGUUCCAAUGGGAAAGAAGCACACAGUACUUUUGGUUUAGGAGCAGGUGGAGGUGCUGGAGGAAGCAUAUGGAUUGUCUGUGAUGAAAUUGUUGGUCAUGGUAUAAUGAACGCCAAUGGAGGCAAUGGUCGGUCAUAUAACAGUACUAGUGUCCAUGGUGGUGGGGGCGGAGGAGGCCGUAUUUCUGUCCAGAGCGGCAACAUCAUCAAGAUGAAUAUCACCAUGAAGGCAUAUGGAGGUACAAGUUCUGCAGAGACAGGUGGAGCUGGAACCAUGUAUGUUGAGACAUUUGACAAAACUCACGGAAACAUUACCAAUCGUGCCCUGUACAUUGACAACAAUGGCCACGCUUACCCUAGGGGUUACCAGUUUAGUCAAGGUGAUAGACGAAACUUAAAUGACGGUAAUUAUGUUGACCGAACAGAAGCAGGUGGUAUCACCUGGUUGUACCAUGAUUUGGGAGACUUAUACGAGUUUGACAAGAUGUCCCUCAGCGGAAAUGCCCAUAUUGCCAUCCAGUCCGUCCCCCCAUCUACAGCUACCCUUGAUGUGGAUGUCAUCAGUGGAGACAGAACUGCUGUGUUACAUUGUGGUGUAUUUCAGACCUGCAAAUUUUUGAAGUUGAACGAAUAUUUACCAUUCAACCUACAGGCAUAUAGACUAAGUGUCAUAGAAAUUCCCGAGAAGAUAACAGUUCGAGAGGUUUGGUCUGAGAUUAACGGAACAGUUAAAGGAUUACAAGACUUAGCAGUAGAAGAUAAAGGAGAAGUCUACAUCUGGUCCUAUGUCAACACUGAGGGCUCGCCAUUGGGGACGUUCUCCGUCACCAACAUAUCUGUACGAGCUGGCGGGAAGUUUGAGCCGCUGAUGACAAAUGACACACAGAUCACUGUGGAAGCCAUCAGAGUCAUAGUAAAUGGUAAAGGCUAUAUCAGAACUAACAGCCUUCAGAUGAACGCCGUCAAUAUCACUGUGGACUUGUCAGGCAAGUAUUAG